AUGUUGACAUCUUCACUGCUUUUGCUUGCCUCAUUCGGCUUCGUCCAGUCCGCUACCUUGGAGGAACUCUAUCUCCAAAAUGCACCGUCCUCUCCACGCCCCUAUGUCAUUCCACAUUACGCAAAUUCGCAUGCCGUCACCGUUGGGGAUCAGCUGUACCGCUUCACAGUGACUGGCCCUUCAUCGGAGAAUGCGUUCACUCUGAUGAGCACCAACGCGCCUUUCAGCGGAGCGCUCGGCGUGUUGCCCCACAUACAUCAGAAACAUUCUGAGAAUUUCUUCAGUUUCAAGGGUCGAUUCCAGCUCUGGGCACAGAAAGGCAAAGAAGAGCAGCAAGCCCGCCUGUUAACACAGGGUGAUUAUGCGUCGGUCACUAGAAAUACGACCCACACCUUCCAGAUUUUGGACCCUGAUACCGAGAUGAUUGGGAUCGUUGUUCCUGGUGGCUUUGAGGAACUCUUUUAUGCGAUCGGAACCAACUACUCCUCAGCCACUGAUACCCCAUUCGUGCCCGCGGUGUCCAACAGCUCGACACCCGACCCUGGCAUGAUGCCCGCUUUGGAGAAGUUCGAUGUCUACGCCCAGCUUGGCUUUGAGCCCCGUCGUGAUCUGGUCAACGGCACCGCUCCCAUUGACUCUAAGUGGCACACGGACGAUAAUGCUCUCCUUGGCUCUGGUAAGCCAUACUUCGUUGCAAAUGGAUACGGUCCCAAGUACCUCAGCUCCAAGUACGGGUACCAGGUCAUCCAGCCUCUAGUCACUCAGCAGUCCCAGGACGCCGACUACACUCUUUCAACCAUCUCACUCAGCCGGCAGACCAAGGAUAAUGCGCCCACAUAUAUCUUGUCUGGAGCUGCUGCUUUCGAGGUCCUGGAAGGUGUGCUCAUGAUCCAGAUCGGGGACUACCCUGUGGCGACCUUGUACACUGGCGACGUGGCUUUCAUUCCGGUUGGUGUGGCUUUUACUUAUUACACCGAGGUGGCCUUCUCCAAAGUGCUGUAUGUUAGCAGUGGUGACAAUGGCGUGGAUUCACAGCUGAUUAGGGGUGGAAAGAGGUGGAAGUUUACUACUUUCCCGAGAUACUGA